AUUUGAAAAUGGCACGUGGCCACCAGAAGAUUCAGUCCCAGGCUAGAGCUCAGAAAAAGGCAGACAGCAUGAAGAAACCUAACAAUCUUCAUGAACAGAAAAAGGCAGCCCAGAAAGCUCUUGUUCAUUCCUGUCCAAUAUGUAGGGCUCAAAUGCCAGACCCCAAGACGUUCAAACAGCACUUUGAGAAUAAGCACCCCAAGGAAGCUCUGCCUGAAGAGCUUAAGGAUGUGUGACAGAUACUGUUCUGUUAUCUCUUGGGGACAAAAUCAUUCAGUUUUCCAGCCUGUCCCCGAAAUCAAUCAUUUGGAAAAUGGAAAUAUGUGUGGAACGUCAUUGUCUCCAUGCAUCGCAAACAUCAAAUCAGCUACAGACUGGUCGCCUUGUCCAUUGGUUCCUUGCAGUGUGCUGAAUACCUCAUUGUCGUCUGACAUUCAGACAAGAUAUACAUGUGAUCUUACAAUAAAGUUUCUUUGGGAUUUCCCAGAGCGUAUAUUUAUGUGUCUCACAUAUGGGAUCGGUUGGUGGCUGUUUUUCUCUCCCUUGGUGACUGCUGCUUGAAAGGAGCUACUGUCAUAAGUAGUACAAGGAUGUGGUGUGAUGUGCACACAUUUAUGCAAUCAACAAACAUUACUACCAACCUAUUCCAUCAUCAGAUUUGCAUGCCAUCAAUAAAGUCUCCUUGUACUUGCA